AUGGGUCGUGUUAUUCGUAAUCAAAGAAAGGGUGCUGGUUCCAUCUUCACCUCGCACACUCGUCUUAGAAAGGGUGCUGCCAAGCUCAGAACUCUCGACUUCGCUGAGCGUCACGGAUAUAUCCGUGGUGUCGUCAAGAAAAUCCUCCACGACCCUGGUAGAGGUGCUCCUCUUGCUACUGUCGCUUUCCGUGACCCUUACAAGUACAAAGUCAGAGAGGAGACCUUCAUUGCCAACGAAGGUGUCUACACUGGUCAAUUUAUCUAUGCCGGUAAGAAGGCUUCUUUGAACGUCGGUAACGUUUUGCCUCUUGGUUCCGUCCCUGAGGGUACCAUCCUUUCCAACGUUGAGGAGAAGGUUGGUGACAGAGGUGCUCUUGGUAGAACCUCUGGUAACUAUGUCAUUGUCAUUGGUCACAACCCUGAGGAAGGUAAGACUCGUUUGAAGUUGCCUUCUGGUGCCAAGAAGAUUGUUUCUUCUCAAGCCCGUGGUGUUGUUGGUGUUGUUGCUGGUGGUGGCCGUAUCGAUAAGCCUUUGCUUAAGGCCGGUAACGCUUUCCACAAAUUCAAGGUUAAGAGAAACUCUUGGCCCAAGACUCGUGGUGUUGCCAUGAACCCCGUAGAUCACCCUCACGGUGGUGGUAACCAUCAACACAUUGGUAAGGCUUCUACCAUUUCCAGAGGUGCUGUUGCCGGUCAAAAGGCUGGUCUCAUUGCUGCCAGAAGAACUGGUUUGCUCCGUGGUACCCAAAAGACCAAGGAUUAA